CUCAUUAUUCUACUUCUUUCUCAGCAAACGAACAAGUUUGACCUUUUUCCUUCCAAAGAAGUUUGUUGUUAACGACUCAAAUGAGCGACUCAAUCGCCGAAAACAAGAGCCUGAAGGCGGGCGAUGGCGAACCAAACCCAACGCAGAAGCGCACAAUCGAUUCCAAAGUCCCUAAUUCGACUGCGAAUAAGAAGUCCAAGACCGAAAACGAUGAAAACCCAGAAGUUGUUGGCUCUGAAAAUGCUGGUUCCGAGGUUGAAAAUGAUAAACCCGUUUCGAGAGAAAUGGGUUUUGAAAUUGAAGCUGAUGCAGCUGAAGAUAAGGGCUCUAGGCAUUCUAUGGAGGACGCUUGGGUUGUGCUCUUGGACGCCGCUUUGGAUUAUCCUUCCAAAUUGAGGUGUGCACAUUUUGCAAUAUAUGAUGGACACGGAGGCCGAUUGGCUGCGGAAUAUGCCCAGAAGCAUUUACAUGCAAAUGUUCUCUCAGCUGGGUUACCACGUGAGUUGUUGGAUAUAAAAGUGGCUAAAAGAGCAAUACUUGAUGGUUUUCGGAAAACAGAUGAGUCUCUCCUUCAAGAAAGUGCUGCAGGGGGAUGGCAGGAUGGUGCUACUGCUGUAUGUGUUUGGAUAGUAGGAAAAACAGUUUUUGUAGCUAACAUAGGAGAUGCAAAGGCAGUGGUAGCACGCUCAUCUACUUCAGAAGGAUCGCAGCAUAAUCCUGACGGAGCAACCACCAUGAAAGCCAUUGUUCUGACAAGAGAACACAAAGCAAUCUAUCCCCAGGAGCGUGCUCGAAUUCAGAAGGCUGGUGGUAUAGUGAGUGCAAAUGGACGAUUACAAGGUCGCCUUGAAGUCUCUAGGGCAUUUGGAGACCGUCAGUUCAAGAAGGUGGGUGUUGUUGCUACCCCUGAUAUUCAUUCUUUUGACCUUACGGACAGAGAGCACUUUUUAAUCCUUGGUUGUGAUGGCCUCUGGGGGGUUUUUGGACCAAGUGAUGCUGUUGAUUUUGUUCACAAAUUGUUAAAGGAGGGAUUACCUGUUGCAACAGUUAGCCGCCGUCUCGUUAGGGAAGCUGUGCUUGAGCGCCGCUGUAAAGAUAACUGCACUGCAAUCCUAAUUGUUUUCAGGCACAAGUAAUUGUUAGCUUGCUGCUAGUUGUUAGAGAUGAUGAGGUUUUCAAACUCCUCGUUCCUACGUCCUGUAUUGUAUGCAUUCGUAUUUUGAAGGAUUUGUAGGUACCCCGAAAUUGUUCUGCCCUGCAAUCUAAUACUUCGGUUGGUUAGUCUCUCAGAUUUGCAGAAGACUUGAGCUGCGGUAAUACCGAGUUUGAAGCAGACAUCUUACUUUAAAUGGUAAAUCUUGAUUAAUUUGUAUGAACAUUCCAACAUUUAUGUUUUUCUUGGCUGCUUAGUGUGUAACAGUUGUUAGACUAUUAAAGUAAUUUUUUCUCUGACUGGGUA